GCUCUCCCCGAGGACUCGCUUCCUUUAACUGUCUUGGUGUGACAGGGCGCUGCCUCUCAUCUUAACACCACCCAGCUCAGCUCGGGACCUUGCGUUUCCUCUUCCGAAGACUUGCUCUUGCUUUGGAGCUUCGGAGCAAAACUGUGGGAAAGGCGAGACAGUUAAUCCCAACAAACGGAGGAGGGGCUGAAAUCACCCCGGCAGGGAUAGUAAACGCUUUACUGAAGGUCACACAGGGCCACAACCCCGAUAUCCUGAUAUGGGAAAGCAGAACCACCAGAAGGAGUGAUGAUCAGCAAUCUCGUCGUAAAUCUGGAUGUUAGUUCUCAUGCUUCAGAACAUCCUACUGGAAACCGCUACACUGGCUGCUGGGAUCAGACUUUUCGUCCAUUUAGUCCCCCUUUUUGCCUGAACUACUAAAGCCAGCUAACUGCGAAUGGCUACCCAAAGGAAGCACUUGGUGAAAGAUUUUAAUCCUUACAUUACCUGCUAUAUCUGUAAAGGGUACCUGAUCAAGCCAACUACUGUGACAGAAUGUCUCCAUACCUUCUGUAAGACUUGUAUUGUUCAGCACUUCGAAGACAGCAAUGAUUGUCCCAGGUGUGGCAACCAAGUUCAUGAGACAAAUCCAUUAGAAAUGUUGAGGUUGGAUAAUACAUUGGAGGAAAUUAUAUUUAAGCUGGUUCCUGGACUGCGAGAACAAGAACUUGAGCGUGAAUCUGAAUUUUGGAAGAAAAAUAAGCCUCAAGAAAAUGGUCAAGAUGAUACUUCAAAAGUUGACAAACCUAAAGCAGAGGAAGGUGAUGAAAAUCAGGAUGAUAAAGACUAUCACAGAAGUGACCCACAAAUUGCUAUCUGUCUAGAUUGUUUACGAAAUAAUGGACAAUCAGGAGACAAUGUAGUCAAGGGUCUGAUGAAGAAAUUCAUUCGAUGUUCUACACGUGUAACUGUGGGAACUAUUAAAAAAUUUUUAAGUUUAAAACUAAAACUUCCAAGUUCUUAUGAGUUGGAUGUACUGUGCAAUGGUGAAAUUAUGGGGAAGGAUCAUACUAUGGAAUUCAUCUAUAUGACAAGAUGGCGACUAAGAGGAGAAAACUUUCGGUGUCUGAACUGCUCAGCCUCGCAAGUCUGCUCUCAGGAUGGCCCUUUGUAUCAGUCAUACCCUAUGGUAUUGCAGUAUCGACCAAGAAUUGAUUUCGGUUAGACCAAGGGGCGUAGAUUUCACUGAAAUGAAACCUGCACUAUUUGUUUCCUCGUCGACAGAUUGCACAGUGAACAGUGUGUGGACUAGAGGGACGCAAUCAGAUUUUCAGCAUGCAAAUAAGGCCAUUGUCUGUCUCUAAAUUGUCAGUUGCAUUCAUGUUGUUUCUAUUAAGAGCACACCAGAUGCCAUUCUGCUACUGAACCAUCUGCAUAAGGUAUUUGUGCUGUCUCACAGUGUGCAAGUCACACUUGAAAUCACGGUGUGCAGCCAUGAUUCAGCCUUCUGAAUAUUUUGCUUGCCUGUUCUGAGAUUGUCCUAAUGUUUAAUUACACUAGUAAUAUGGCUCAAUUGUUGUGGUGUUGCAGUUUUCACAUACUACUUUUUUCUUGUUUAGAGUACUGUACAAGAAUCUGAUAAUUUUAUCUUGAAGUUAUUUUGUAUGGAAAUAUAUUUAGAAAAGUGGUUUCUGAGCUACCUUAUUCUUGCUAAGCCUUUUGUGUAAAAAAAAAGUUCAUUCUGAGUGUGCAAGUCAUUUUAUGAAGAAUUCUAAUUAUUUAAUGUUGGAGCACAUCAUAAUUGUCAACAUUCAAAGCGUCUGUCUGUGUGGUCUACCAGUUGCACAAGGAAGGCAUGUUAGCCCUCCAGAUCAAAAUGUAUGUAAUUUUUUGGACAAUUGAAGUUAGAGUCACAGCCAUUUGAAUGUUGGCAGCUGAUCACAUUUACUUCUAAAAAAAUUAAUGUGUAAGUAAGGUUCACCUUUCAUAAUGCCUUAUGACAGGUACUGCUUCAUGAAACUUCUUUGUAUCGCCCAUUUUAUGUAUGUACAUACCAUUGUUGCUGUCAUUUAAUGAAUACAUUGUUUUUCUUUUAUGUUGGCCUUAGGUGUGUGUUAUUGUGGCAUGCAGAAGGUUAUGAAUGAUUUUAAAUACUAGGUUCUUUUAGAACACAACAUUAGCUAUUUUACGGAUUUAAAAUGUCUCAAAACAGUUGUAGGUUAAAAAUUAUCACAUGUCCAAAAUAUAUGCAUAAAAUAGAUAGUUUAGUAGAUAAAUAUACUACCAAAAUUAAUGAUUUGGGAAUACUUUAUUUUAGAUACUAUAAUCAGAGGAAAUUGGAUUAUUGUUUUAUACAUGAGUUCAUUAAAAUUCAAAACUGCGAUAAUUUUCUUGAUUUUUGCAGUUUUGUUAAGUCUUCCAUUUGUUUUUGGAUUAAUCUGCAAGUCACAGAAAAUCUUAUUACCUUAAACUAUGUAAAAAUUUUUAUUUAAACCUUUUAAAAUUUUAGUUUUCCAAAAAUUUCCUUGGAAAAUGUUGUUUUAACAGUUGCUUUUGAAACAAAUAUGUUAACCUCUGAAAAUUAGGGAAAUACUUAGAAAUUAGGAAAAACUACUUAUUUUAGAAAUCUGACAUGAGCACAAUCUGUGUGUUAAGCACAUAGCUUUUAUACUGUAUACAGGAGAGAAGUGCUACAUUUUCUAGUAAAAUGUAUCACAAAUUAAUGCCUUUUAAAUUCUAAAUUGCUUAAUGAAACUAAAACAUUGUGUUACUCUAAGAAACUUAAAAGAUACAGCUCAAUCUCAAUGCAUUUCAUAAUGUAAAAGAAUGAAAAUUCAUAAUUUUUUAUAUCUUUUCUUAAGUCAAAAAAGUCUAUAUAAAUAAAGUUUCUGUUCUGACUGGUGAAGAAGGUUAUGGCAGUAUUUUCUUAACUUUGUUUUUUUAGAUUGUUAGUUCUUAGAAGGGCUCACACACAAAAUUUAGAAUGUUAUUUUCAUUAACUCUUUAAAUGCUUGGAAAAACUAUUCAACCCAAAACUGAAUUUAUUAUCCAAGUAUGGGCAUUUGUGUGUGUGUGUGUGUGUGUGUGUGUGUGUGUGUGUGUGAGACAGAGAGAGAGAGAGAGAGA